AUGGGCGCCCGGUACUUCCCUGCCCGGACCGUGCUCUUCGAGAAGGAGUCCAACGGCGUCACGUACCGUGUGCCUGCCCUGCUUUACCUGCCCUGCGUGGCCAAGCUGCUGGCUUUCGCGGAACUGCGCCGUGGCCCCGUCUACAGGAGCUACGUGGAGUGGGAAGACAUGCGCGUGCUGGAGACGGCGACGCUGCAGCACCACCGGUCGAUGAACCCCUGCCCGCUCUAUGACAAGUUCACUGGCACCCUCUUCCUUUUCUUCAUCACGGUGCUGGGCAGGACACCUGAAGCCUACCAGAUUGUCACCGGCCAAAACGUCACCCGCCUCUGCUGCGUCACCAGUGCUGACCAGGGCCUGAGCUGGAGCAUGGCCACAGACCUGACGCAGCAGGUCAUUGGUGGGGCCAUCAAAGACUGGGCGACAUUUGCGCUGGGCCCUGGGCACGGGAUCCAGCUGCGGUCCGGCCGGCUGCUGGUGCCUGCCUACAGCUACCACAUUGACUGCAAAGAGUGCUUCGGGCAGCUCUGCAAGACCACCCCUCACUCCUUCGCCUUCUACAGCGAUGACCACGGCCGGGGCUGGCGCUUCGGGGAGUUCAUCCCCAACCUGCAGACGGGUGAGUGCCAACUGGUCUCGGUGGACGAGGAGGAUGGCUCCAACGUCCUCUACUGCAACGCCCGCAGCCCCUUGGGCUUCAGGGUCCAGGCGCUCAGCACGGAUGACGGGGCUGUCUUCCACGGGGGGCAGCUGGUCCAGCGGCUGGUCGAGCCCCCCCAUGGCUGUCAUGGCAGUGUUGUCGGCUUCCCUGCACCUUUCGUCUAUGUCCCUGAUGCCUCCCGGGACACCGUGAUUCCCCUCCAAGGCUCGGCUCACCGGCUGCUCCCCAGGAGCAGCACCUCGGUCCGAGGGGACCCCAGGGCAACUCCCAGCCCUGCUGCCUUCUUCCAAGCUCCAACAUGGGUCCUCUACUCCCACCCCACCAGCCCCAUGUCACGGGUCAACAUGGGGGUUCACCUGAGCACCUUCCCCAGGGAUGCAGAGAGCUGGACUGAGCCGUGGGUCAUCUAUGAGGGCCCAAGCGCUUACUCAGACCUGGCUUACAUGGAGCUGCCCUACAACGAGGCCUCCAUCUCUGGUGGCCCGGCCAUCGCUUUCGCCUGCCUCUACGAGAACGGGACACGGUCACCCUAUGAGCAGAUCUCCUUCAGCAUGUUCACACUGCACGAUGUGCUCCAGAACAUCCCCCUGACAGCCACUGCUCCCUGGAGGGACAGUGGUCCCCCACACCGCAGAAAGCAGGGGCGAAGGAGCUGCCUUGUCUCCUAG